GGGUGUUCAUUCACCGGGGAAAGGAAAAAAAUAGUUGCUCUCAUUUUCCUGCUUUCCAACAGUAAUGCGCUCAUCUUCUUCGUCACGUUUCUUUUUCACAUCUACCAUUUUCGUUCUGCCACUUUCACCUUCUCUUUGAAACGCCGCGAAUUCCGUUCUGGCCGACUAAAUCGUCUCUUUCAGUCUGCAGUGGUGAUCGUCGGGUCGGUUGUCGGUACUUUGCUUCUGUUUCGUUUUUGCGGUUUCCGGCUCUUCCAAUAUGUGGAUGUUCAAACCAUUCUCUGGGAAAGAACAAACAGGAUUAGAAGGCAAACUAAUUGAAAUUGGCAAUGAAAAGCUUCGUGUGCAGAAUGUGAUUGCUGAAGGAGGCUUUUCUUGUGUGUAUCUUGCUCAUGAUGUUGGAAAUGUAUCCAAGCAAUAUGCUCUCAAGCACAUGAUAUGCCAAGAUGGGGAGUCACUUGAUCUUGCAAUGAAGGAGAUCAAAGUGAUGAAACUUCUCAAAGGGCAUCCAAAUGUUGUUACUUUGGUUGCACAUAGCAUAUUAGACAUGGGUCGAAGGAAGGAGGUGCUUCUUGUGUUGGAGUUUUGUGAGGAGUCUUUGGUUCAUGUUCUGGAAAGCAGAGGAACAGCAUACUUCGAGGAGAAGAAGGUUCUUUCAAUUUUCAGAGAUGUUUGCAAUGCUGUUUUUGCAAUGCAUUCACUUUCUCCCCCUAUUGCUCACCGGGACCUGAAAGCUGAAAAUGUUCUCCUUGGUUUAGAAGGAACUUGGAAAUUAUGUGACUACGGUAGCACAUCAACAAAUCACAAGUGCUUUGAUAGACCAGAAGAGAUGGGUAUUGAAGAGGACAAUAUCAGAAAGCAUACUACUCCUGCAUAUAGAGCUCCAGAGAUGUGGGACUUAUAUAGAAGAGAAGUUAUAUGUGAGAAAGUGGAUAUUUGGGCUCUUGGGUGCCUGCUCUACAGAAUGUGCUAUUUCAAAUCUGCAUUUGAUGGCGAAUCGAAACUUCAGAUCUUGAAUGGGAACUUCCGCAUCCCAGAGUUGCCAAAGUACAGUGCUUCUAUAACAGGAUUGAUCAAAGACAUGCUUCAAGGCUCUCCCAAUGAUCGACCAGACAUCACUCAGGUGUGGUUUCGUGUUAAUGAACUAUUGCCUCUGGAGUUGCAGAAGCACUUACCUGACCGCGCUGAAAUUGCAUCACCUGUCAAUAUGAACCCAGAUGUGCAUAAUGAAGGCAGUCCGAACAGGACUCCUGUCAAACCAAGAAGGAGCCCCCCUCCUCCACCUUUCAAAGAAAAAGGAGGUAAUAUUAAGCCUCAAUCUCCAACAGUGGGUGGGAGUGGGAAUCACUUGGGUGCAUUUUGGUCUACCCCGUUUGCACAGGAGUCACAAGUUGUAGAGGAUAAAGGCCUAUUAUUUGAUGAAGAAUCUAUGAAUCAAACAUUGAAGAACAGUCAGAUCAACCAAGGAAGAAACAGCCUUUCUAUCGAACAGCGAGCUCGGCCUUCGCAGACUGGGAUCUACAAGGGGGUCGAAGACGGCCAAAUUGAGGAUUACAAAAUUCAGUUAUCUCAGGAAAACAGAGAAACCUUUCAAAACGAGUCAUUCAAUGCAUUUGUUGCUGACUUUGAUUCAAAUAAGAACAAUAAAAUUAACAAAUCAAGGGAGGAGUUGUUAGAGGUUGAGGUGGAGAAACUUAAGGAGCAACUUAAACAAUCUAACUUGGAAAAAGCAGAAGUAACAUCUAAAUAUGAAAAACUGUCUUCCAUUUGCCGCUCUCAAAGGAAGGAGUUACAGGAGCUAAAGCUUGCUCUAGCGUCAUUUACCCCACCGUCUAGUGGAAACAAGGAGUCUGACACCCAGUCAAGGGACAAGAUUGAAGGAACUGUGUUGGAUCUCCAACAGGGAUUGCUUGCCAGCAACGCCUCCCCAGAUCCAAAUUCGAAACCAUGGCAGGCUUUCACUGACGAGCCAAAGGCACAGCUAGUUUCCAAAACUAGGCAUUCAAAAUCUGUCAGGACAAUCAAUGGACAUCCCAAUAGCAGUAAACAACCAGACUCAAAACCAACCAGUGAUGAAUGGGGCUUUGGCCAGGAUAGCUUCACUGCAUCCCCUUCCUCAAUCUCGUUGAUAUCCAGCUCUCCAGCUCUCAGGAGUUCUUCCCAGCGCUUUGCACCACCCAAUGCCAAGAACGUAGAAUCUAGCCAACCAGCUGGAUGGGCUGGUUUCUAAGGCUCCGUUUGGGGGCAAAUUAUUAUUUCCGGUCACCGGGCCUAAUUUUGCGUCCGGAUUCCUUGCGCUUUUGAUAUAUUUUUGCAAAAAGGCAGUUAAUACACAAUUUUAAUUGCAUAUUACCUGCUUUUUUGUUGAGUAUUUGCAAAAAUAAAGCAAAAGCGCAAUAAAUAUCUCACUCAUUGAGUAUUUGGUGCCCUUUUGUUGUGCUUUUCAAAUACUCAGUAAAAGGGCAACAAAAAGGCAGCUAAUAUGCAAUUAAAAUUAUGUAUUAGCUGUCCUUUUGCAAAAAUAGAUUAAAAGCGCAAUAAAAGUACAUGGAUCCGGACUCAAAUUUAGGUCCAGUGACCGGACCUAAUAAUUUGCCCCGUUUGGGACGGCUAUUUUACCGCUUCUUAAAGAUGCUUUCUAAUUAAAAAAAUAAAAUUUUUGUUCUAAAAAACUGUUUUAAGAAACAGUAAGAAAGCCGUCUCAAACGAAGCCUAAAUCAUUGUUCUGCUUAUUGAUUCGAUAUUGCCUUUGCUCAUACCUUAAGCCAUCCUUUGGUGUUCUCAUCAAAAUAGCAGGAGAGGAAGAGGAAGUAAACGAUUGUCCUUCCACAGUGUUACAGUUAUGUCAGUUUUGGUUAAGAAAAUGCCGCCCUUUGUGGCUUUGUCCUAAAUCAGUUUGUACUUUGGACUCCACUAAGACUUGUUUAUGCUAUUGUUGAGCUGGACUUAAGUCUAAGGUAAUUGAAGGAAUCAAUCACUGUGAAGUUAUGACAAUAAUAUGAAUGAGGCCUAUAAUAUGGAAUUCCAGUUUAAUUUUAUGCAAUAAGUCUACUUAUUCUCAA